AUGGCCAACUACACAGGCAACCACACACUGCUUCCAAAUGGUGAAUUCAUCAUCUGCCACCACACCUACCUGACUGGUCAAGGUUGUGGUCCCAGCAACGUCCGCUUCGUCAACAGAGAGGCAAGAGAAAUUUCCAGACACUAUGCCAACCAGCAUACUGCGGCGCAUAUUGCGGCUGGCAGAAAGGUAGACUACCAGAACUGCAGAGUCAUCACCAGAGCAGCAGCUCUCGCCUUGGUUGGUCCGGCUCGUUUGGCUCACCACGAGCGCAGAGGUGGAGGUGUCUGGCCGGAGGCGCCGUUUCCGAACACGCCCCGCGAUCCGAAUUGGAUGCCUCCUGCUGCAGCUGCUGCGCCGGUUGCCGCUCCAGUCGUGGCGCCCGCUGCCCUGUCGCUCCUGUCGCUCCUGUCGUCGCUCCUACCGUCGCCCCCGGCCCGCAACCUCCAACAUCGGCCUUCGCUACUGCGACGAUCGUUGGAUGUAGAAGUUGACAUUCAGCUCAAAAGCUUCGUCAACCUGGCCGUCACACACAUGUCCCUGGUCAAUCCCCGCCUCAAUCGCGAGAUCAUCCUGUACGUGGAGUCGAGCGAGGAUCCUGCAGCGCGAUGGGAGGACAUGAGCAACUUCCGAAACCUGGAGGUCCUGGAGCUUUUCAGAAUGUGUCGGAAAGCGUUCGACUGGGAAAGCUUUCAGGCAUGGUGGGAGUCCUGCGAAGACCAGGAAUGGUCUAAAGUCAAGAUCAAGCUGAGCGAUGGCGACGAAUUGGUGAGCCGCGUCGAAUGGUAUACUGACGCGGAGCUCAUGGCGAAGGUCGCAUGGUACGUGGAGGAAGGAAGCGAGACUGAAGAACAGGGUCAAGCUAAAGAGGACGAGACUAAGGAUGCAAUCUUCUCCUUCAAGAUGAGACGUGCUUGA